CGCGCCGCGCACUCCUCUCCAGUCCACUUCGCGGUACUCGCGGCCCUCGCGGUCCUCGCCAUGCUGGUCCGCAGCCUGGCCGCCCUGCUGCCGCUGGCCCUGUGCCUGGCGCCGUCCCCCGCCGGGGCCGCGCCCCCGCCCGGGUACACCCUGGAGCAGCUGCACGUCGUUUUCCGGCACGGCAACCGCACCCCGGAGGCACCGUACGCCAAUGACCCCAACAAGGACUACGCGUGGCCGCCGACGGGGUGGGACCAGCUGUCCAAGGCGGGCAUCGAGUCCACGUACCGACUGGGGGCGCUGUUCCGUCAAAUGUACGGCGGCUUCCUGGGCGAGACGUACUACCAGACCGAGGUGAACGCCACCAGCACGGACAUCCCCCGCACCAAGCUCAGCCUGCAGGCCUUCAUGGCGGGGCUCUUCCCGUCCAGAGGCGUCCAGCAGUGGGACUCUGCGACGGCCUCGCUGGGCGCGCAGUGGCAGCCCUUCGUGUUCCACUACAUGCCCAGGCACCUGGACGACUACCUCUACAUGAACGGCGUCGAGUGCCCGCGCUACGCCAGGGAGUACUCCGAGGCGCUGCGCGGCGACCGCGUCAAGCAGUUCCUGAACUCGGACCCCGAGAUGAUGAAGGUCCUCCGGGAGAAGGGCGUCCUCCACCCCACCAACCCGAUCGCUGGAAUCUCCGUCUUCUUCUGCACCGUCUCCAUCGAGACGGACGAGGGCCGCAUCGUGCCCGACUGGGUGCUGCCGUUCUACCCGGACCGCCUGCAGAAGGUGGCGCUGUGGCACUUCCACGCGCGCGUGCUCACGCGGUCCAUGCAGCGCCUCAAAGUCGGCCCCUUGGUGAAGCACUUGGUGAACACGAUGCGCGAGACGCGCGAGGGCACCAAGAAGCCUCGCCUCUGGAUCUACUCCGGCCACGACGACACCGUGUCCGGUCUUGCCCUGGCCAUCCGCGUGUGGGGCGCCGUGUACCCGGACUUCAACGCCAUGCUGGUGCUGGAGCUGCUCAAGAAGGCCGACACCGGCGAGUACGCCGUGCAGGUGCUGCUGCGCGAGCGCCACGGCAUCGACGCGCACGUGGUGGCCGUGGAGGGCUGCGCGUCGCCGUGCCCGCUCGACAAGUUCCACGACCUCACCAAGGACGUCAUCCCCGGCGACUGGAGGAAGGAGUGCCAGCUCGGGGAUGAAAAGAAGAGGCCGCAGCUGCUCAAGCCAACGGUCGUGGUGAACGGGACCAAAACCAUUCCCGCAAAGAACAAAAUCUAAUUUAUUUUUGCUAAUUCCUGUGAUAGUAGGAAUACUUCUAUGCCUAUAUUGUACCUAGUCAUCCCAUCGUGCCAUCAUCCUUGUCGCAUCAUGUGUUGUUACGUAUAGUCUUUUUCGCACCUAAUUUAUUUUUUUUACUUUACCCAAUAAAUGAUACAGCGUCGAUGAAGGCGCUGUAGGUUCUUUUAUCGUA